AUGUGGCACAUCCACGAGUAUGAGGUGAAGAGCGACGUCCUUUUCCUUCCCGACGUCAUUGGUCCGGUUGAGCGGCAAGAUCGGGAGAAAGCACCGAAAACUUACGGUACGAUCGGAAGUCUGAGCAGACUUCAAAACCCAUUUGUUGGGGCAACUUUCCAAUCUUCCUUAAAGCCAAGAAACGUGAACUGUUUGGGUUAUCUUGGAAACAAAUUUCCCAGAAAACCUCAGUAUGAUAUCAUUCCACGUGCCAAGAAAAACGACUGGAUAUCCCACGGGAUUAGGUUCUCACAAUCAUUCGGGGAAAAUGUUGAGAUUUUAUGGAAGAAUAUGGGAUUAAGAAGUGCAUUGUUAGGGACAUAUGAAGAUAACAGAUUUAAAUCCGAGUCAAAGAAGCCUUAUCUUAAGUCAAUUGGCUCUCUUAACCUUGGAGGUGGACCCGAGUUAGAAAAGAAACUCAAGUACACAGAGCAUGUUUGCUCAGGGGUAAUUUUGGGAAAAGAGCUUGUAAAUGCACCUCCUAAUGUACUUACCCCUGAAGCUGAAAAGAUUGCUUCAACAAUCGAUUGUGAUAAGUUAUCUGAUAUAGGUUCCGAGUAUGAAGGGUCAGCAAUAGUCCAUUCACAGCUAUUUUCUCAUUACUUUGGUGACUGCCCUGUUAUUCAUGCACAAGGCAGAACACAUCCUGUACCAACAUACUUCCUUGAAGACAUUCAUGAUAGUGUAGAUUAUAAGCUAGCUUCAGAUUCUCUAGCUUCUUGA